AUGGCCUCCCCAGUUGCCGCCAUCCCCUCAAUCGCCACUCUGGCCGCUGCGCCGGCUGCUGCCGAUCAGCAAGCCUCUAAGCCGAAGGAAGAGAAGACUAAGCGCGACGAGUGCAUGCUCUUCUCGAACGCCGCCGAUCCGGCCAAGGACUGCCUCUCCACGAUUGACCAAUACCGGGCCUGCAUGAAGGGAUUCGGGUUCACGGUGUAA